CCUUCCUUCGUUCGAUUCAGGCAGGCUCCUCUAUUCGUUUUACAUGUAGCAAGCAGGGUUGCGGGGUGCAGUUCAGACAUGGGAAGUGAGCAUUACUGCCUGAGGUGGAACAAUCAUCAGAGCAACUUGCUGGGUGUGUUUAGUCAACUGCUGGAGUCGGAGUCGCUAGUAGACGUGACACUGGCGUGCACGGAGGGACCGUCGAUACGCGCUCACAAGGUAGUCCUCUCCGCGUGCUCCAGCUACUUCCAGGCCCUGUUCCUCGACCAUCCGAACCGCCACCCCAUUGUCAUCCUAAAGGACGUACGUUUCGCCGAGCUACGUACCCUCGUCGACUUCAUGUACAAGGGCGAGGUAAACGUCGAGUACUGCCAGCUAUCGGCCCUGCUCAAGACAGCGGAGAGCCUCAAGGUUAAGGGUCUAGCGGACAUGACGAACAUCAACGCGGCCGUAUCGUCCAGGGACGACCAGCAACAGCAGCAACAGCAACAGCAACAGCAACAGCAGCAGCAACAACAGCAGCAGCAGCAGCAACAACAACAGCAACACACAAACGCCUCCGAUUCGACGCGGGAACAUCAUCGGGAACGAGAGCGGGAGCGAGAACGGGAGCGGGAGCGAGAACGGGAGCGGGAGCGGGAGCGGGAGCGGGAGCGAGAGAGCAUAAAGGACACGAGCGGCAAGGACAGAGAGCGAGAGUCGAGCGUCUCCGGGGUGGCCGUGGCCGGCGGCACUAAGGAAUGCGAGCAACAGCAACAGCAACCGAGCGUCGUCCAAAGCGCCCCCAGCGAGCCGACGGAGGCGGUAGACAUGACGGAGUGUCCGCCAUCACCCACGGCUCCCGGUAGCCCGUGUCCGGGACCGCUCGCCCUCGACCGGCCCAGGAGGGACUCCGAGGACGCGGCUAGCCUCGAGGAGACUCGGGGCUCUCUCAGCCCGAUCUCGGUGCACAGCGGACCAUCCGACAUGAGCCUCAGCAACAACACCGGCGGCGGCGGCGGCGGCGGUGGUGGUAGCAGCGGCGGCGGUGGCGGUGGCGGCGGCGGCGGCGGCGGCGGUGGUGGCGGUGGCGGCGGCGCUCCCGGCGUGUUGCCGUUGAACCUGCCGCAGAGCCGGCUUCCGUCCCCGCACAGUACCGAGCCCCUCGCCGGCCCGUCGGGCUUACCCCCGGUCCAGCAAGUUCCGCUAUCCCUGAAAAAAGAGAUGGACUGGGAAAGGUCGACCGAGGAGCGAAGCGCGAGCAGCGAGAUAUCCACAGAUUACAGACUCCCGCCAGAUCCGGUCUCUCUCGCCCUUGGUUUGGAAGCGGGCGGCUGGGGUGCGCUUGUGGAGCGGACGAGCGCCCACGGCGGCGCCGGCGGAGGCAGCGGUGGCGGCGGCGGCGGCGGCGGCGGCGCCGGCGGUGGCGGCGGCGCCGGCGGCGGCGGCGGCGGCACCCUGAUCGGCCACGGCGGCUUCACCGGCCUGGCCGGGCUGGCGCGUCGCUGCGGCGUCUGCCUGGCGACGUUCCCGUCGCCGUGGCUGCUGGAGCGGCACGCGUUGCUGCAGCACGCCGGUCAGACCAGCGACGACAAGCCGUUCACGUGCGAGCAGUGCGGCCAACGAUACCGCUACCGGUCCGCCUACGUGAAGCACCGCGAGCAGAACCACCGGGCACGGCUGCCGGCGGACAAGCUGUUCACGUGCGACGUGUGCGGCAUGCAGUUCAGGUAUCUAAAGUCCUUUAAGAAACAUCGUCUGAACCACGCGCUCGAGCGGCUGCAGCGCGCGCCCGAUCCGCAGAGCGUCGUCGUAGUCUCGGCGCCGGCCGAGCGCAGCGACCAGGUCUCGAGUACCGGCGAACCGUCCCAGGAGACCGGCAGCGACACCACGACGAACCCAGGCGACGCCGAGGAGAUGCGCGGCGUGUUCUCCGAGAACGCUCGCGACGAGAGCGUCUCGGAGACCGCGAGCGUCCAGGAGAAUCCCGGCGACGCGGUGGAGGUGCAGGUGACGGAAACGACUGCGGGCAGCGGUGGCGGCGGCGGCGGCAGCGGCAGAGGCGGAGGCGGAGGCGGUACCAGCAGCGAGAUCGGCGAUGUGGACGACAACGCGGUCGACGACGACCGGCACGAGUCCAGCGAGGCGAUCAUCGGUCUGGCGCGCGGCAAUCGCGAGGCCGACCGGCGCGAGCGCCGCUUCGCCUGUCCGUUCUGCGGCAAGUGCGUGAGGUCCAAGGAGAACCUGAAGCUGCACGUGCGCAAGCACACCGGCGAACGGCCGUUCGUCUGCCUGUUCUGCGGCCGCGCUUUCGGCGGCAAGAGCGAUCUCACCAGGCACCUGCGUAUCCACACCGGCGAGCGGCCCUACCACUGCGAGAUGUGCGGCAAGUGCUUCGCCCGCGCCGACUAUCUCUCCAAGCAUCUCACCACGCACAUCCACCAGCGCUAACGCAACUCUACUCGGCCCGACGUUCCUCUUUCCCUGCGACUACCCACGCGAGGGUCGCCGCGCGAGCCGCGGCUCGAGGGUUGAUCCGGCAGGAUCGCGCGAGUGAACGGGAAUGUCGCGUCGACUCAGCCGGCUGCGGCCGGAGCUCUUCGGGAAUGCUGAUCUUCGGCGUUUACUUCUCAUCGGUGGAAGCGACUCCCUCUCUUUCUCCUUUUCCAACUUCCCCUCACACCCCCCCCCCUCUCUCUCUCUCUCUCUGAAGCGUCGCGGUUGAAUAGCGUGUUAAAAUUCGAAUGUCUCCGAUGUCCUCUGUUCCACUGUUCGCGCGAUCGCGAGAGAUCAGCCCUCGAGUCGCGCUCUAUGAUCACCACCAUCGACGGCGCUCAGCUCGUCCUACCUCGCGAGGAGCACGAGUGUAUCACGCGCGAAUGAAAGAGGCGGAGAAAGAGGAACUGAAAAACGAGAUCGGACCGAGUCCAUCCAUCGUCGCCGGCCCAAGAUACGACGCGUCAAUUACGGGAAGGAAAAGGAGAAUGUAGGAGAGAUCACACGUCACCACCAUCAUCAUCACCACCACCACCACCACCACCACCACCACCACCGCCGCUGCUGCCGCCGCCGCUGCUGCUGCUGCUGCUGCUGCUGCUGCUGCUGCUGCUGCUGCUGCUGCUGCUGCUGCUGCUGCUGCGACCUACCAGCACGUCUGACGAUAUGCUUUCUAGGCUACGAUAGUGAGAUUAACUUGUGAUAAGGAUAUGACGAAACCAAGAGGAAAACGAGAAAAAGAACGAAACCAAAGAACGCAACGACGCGGCCGGCGAAAGUCGACGGUCAAGGCUUCCUUUUGUUGUCUUCUUCGUCUUCGUGCUCCAUCGAAAAGUGAUAUAUUUGUAACGUAAUAGCUACUUUCGAUAUACUCGAUGUGUACUCGAUAUGUAACAUAAUUCGCGAUGAGAUGCCGCGUGCGAUAAUGAUAAUUUCACUCUACGCGAGCUCCGUGCACACGCGAACACGUCGACGGAUGUUUUUGUUUUUUCUUUUUCACGCGGGUGAGGACCGCGUCGCGCACGUCCUGCCGGCUGAACUCGAGGGACCGCUCCGAAAGUCAGGGCGGGGAGAGGGGAGGAGCGUGUUUCAAAUCGUCCACGCAGAUUUUGUCGACGAACCUCAGAGUUCUCAGUUCGAUCGUCGAAUAGAAUUGACAGAAAAUUCAAUGCUCUCUUGACUUCUUCAAGUCUCGCUUCUCCCUGUGCUCUUAAAGGAGCGGACUGGGCCCUCGGAACCCUUCGACUCGAUCCUUCCGCUGCGGAAAAUGACGCAACGUAGGUUCUCGCUGCGGAUAUGAGUUAUUAGCGAUUUCCGCGCCGAACAUCCUGGAUUAUUAUACCGUGACUUUUUUCAGACCCGUUCAGGAUCUCCUCUUGGUCUACCCUUGUUUGUUAAGCGAUUAAGCGCGUCUCGCGGUAGGAAAGGUCGAGGCACUGAGAGUGUUCCAUGGCGCGAGGAGUCGUCGCGAGAGCCGCGCGUGCAACAUAAAUUUUUAUACUUGCCAAUCCUCCACGGACGAACACACAUCAACGACGAUUAAAAUACGAAUAUUUCGUUUGAGUUCAGACAAGCAAGGACACUUUGAUACAAAGGCAAUUCCGAGUUACCCCGAGACAAAUCCAAGGGAGGAGAGCCGUAGCGCAGUUACGACUUACAAGCGUGACUGAACUUUCAAGUUCGCCCUCAGUCCGUGGACGGUUGAGACCAUUCGACGAGCGACGAGCUCUCGCGACGAGGGCGUCCAGCAGGACUCGCGACGACGGAGACGUCGCUCAUCGUCGACGACACAGUCCGUGUGAAACGACGUGUUCGACGUUGGCACCGAACCGGGAGGCGAGGAGCCCCCCGGAAAGCGUUGCCGGUGCCUUCGAAUUCCCGAACGAAUGAAUAAUCCUUUCCGAUGCGGAUAGCAAUAAUAGUAUCUUCCGUUUACUCCCGUACGUAUGUCAGACACCAGCGAAAUUUAGGUUCGUCGUCGGGAGCCGCGAAGUAGCGUCUUGUUGCAUGGUCUAUAUAUUCGGUCCUUCCAAGUUCUCUCCCUAGUCGCUAUCCACACUCUCGUAAUAUUUAUAUAUAUGUAUAUGCGACACGUGACACACAUACACACACAAAACAUGAAACACAUGAUAACAACACGCUGUCCAAUAUGCGCGAGCGCAGAACGAGAGUGCCGGCUCAUUCUCUAAGGAAUGGUCUCGUAAGUAGCUUUAACUUCUGACCACUUCACAACCAAGUCCGAUCGUGUCUCAUUGCGAGAGAGAGAGAGAGAGAGAGAGAGAGAGAGAGAGAGAGGAGAGGGGGAGGAGAAAGAAAAGCGUUUUUUUUUUAUAAAAAAAACUCCAAGAGGAUCAUUUACGAGACCAGAUCCUCCACUCGGUCAGAACACUUAGCUCUUAAGUGAUAUAGUGUAACUUGCUGCUCUGUGUACGCGCACUCUCGAAAGUACGCGAAACGAAGUUGAAUAACGAAGGUGCUAUUUAACGAAUAGGGUUGAUCGCUAGAUGCCGGCCGGCCGGUACCUCUAACCGAAACAAAACACGAGAAAAAAGAGAGAGAGAGAGAGAGAGAAAAUGAAGAGAAGAGAAUUGCGUCGCCGGUUGAUGUCUACUGUGCCAAACAAAGAAAACUGUUUAAAAAAGAGUGAGAAAGAGAGGGAGGGGGCGAGAAGGAGAAAGAGAGAGAGAGAGAGAGAGAGAGAGAGAGAGAGAGAGAGAGAGAAAAGAAUUUAUUCCGUCGGGCGAAAACUCAAUUUCCCUCCAAGACCGGCCCGGUGCUGCGAUAGGCCAAUUUAGUCGUAAUUAGACCAUAUUGUACCGUCUCGAUAAAGAUGUAAUUUAACAAUUAAACAAUAUGUCGAUACGUCACCCGUGAGCGGUGCGACACCGUCGCACGCGCGCGGGCGUCCCUUUUAGCGACGGCGGGAGUUUAUUAAGAUAACGAGAAACAUUAAAAGGAACCGCGUCCAACGAAUGUCAACGAGUUUCGCGGCGAGACGCGGGAGCCUCGCUCGCGUUCGCACCGUUUCAAUUUCCCACUUCUCGCCGGCAUAGCCAUAUAUACAAAUAUAUAUAUGUGUAUAUACAUAUACAUACAUACAUAUAUAUACAUAUAUAUAUAUAUAUAUAUGUAUACAUACAUAUAUAUAUAUAUAUUUACACGAUAUAUUCGUCCGCUUUGAUCGCCGGACGCGCACGUGGUCCUUGCGACGAUUCGGGCCUCGCGCGAUCGCGGGCCUCGAGGAGCGCUGAUUAGAAGAUUAAAGAAAACAGUUCCAUGACGCCUGACGCCCUUGAUCGUUAGUCCAGCCGCAACGUCCGCCCACUGCCGUUCCAUUUCCCAGCCUGUGUGUCCGUCGGACUCGCCGACCGGGGGAGAGCCGCGAGUCGGGACACCGUCGCGAAGCCGUCGGGAUCGGUCGUGAGCACGUAAAGUCGGUAAUGUCCUUCGAGUCGAGUCUGCGGCAGGCUUCGCCAAGUGCCUCUCUUGCGGAAAGAAAGCAAAGCGUCGGCGAGACGCUCUUGCUACGGCCCCCGGUGAUGAGGUCGCGCGCAAUCUUCGACUCUCGGUUUCCCCCAUUCGCGCCCGCUGAGAGCUACCUCGAUUCCUCGAUUCGCGGCGAUCCUGCGGCACUUGAGCCCCUCCCCCCUCUCCCUCCCCCCCACUCACGAGUUCCCGCGAGAUCUCGGGGCUUUCAACACUCGCGUGAGAUUUCGCCUCGUUUGCGUCGAGAGUUCGUUCUCGCGAUCUCGAACGUUGCAAAGGAAGAGAAAGAGGGAGGGAGGGAGGGAGGAAGAGAGAGAGAGGAGAGGAGAGGAGAGAGAGAGAGAGAAAGAGAGAGAGAGAGAGAGAGAGAGAGACACACAGGGUCGCGCGAAGCCGCGCCGCUUACGGCCGCGAUCCGCGAGUCGCGCAGCGGAGCUCGAUAGGAGGACGAUAGCCACGAUAGUGCCAAACGAUUAUUCUGUACCAAAGUAGAACGGUGAGGCGACAGAACCGCCUCCUGCGACACCGUACACACACACACACAUAUACACACUCUGGUCGCGAAUGACUCGCGCAGGCGAGGAAACAAUUCCGGAAAGCGCUACCGCCGCGCUUCCGAAUUCGGUUGUCUCUUCGCUCUGCUGGAUGAGAACGAAUGAAAGUACACCCGAAUUAAACCCGGCCGCACACCGGACACCCAUAGUAGUGUUUAAGCGUAAUAACGCUAAACAGUAACUACGCGACAAUCUAAUCUUGUUUUGCGGAACGUUACGGCGAGACGCGUUGCGUUAUUCCUAGUUACCGUAUUAAUUGUAUUUCGUAGACGGCACGACUUCGGGCCAGUUGGCGGGGCGCGCUUGGUUCCGAAUUAAUUAACUGGCUCGAAUGGCAGCGGCGGCGGCGGCGGCCGAUACAAACGAGAUACCGUCGCGAUUUCCCUCCCCUGAUUUCGCACGAUACACGUCGACGGGCAGGCGUCGCAGAGUCGCGGACGAGUACGACGCGCGUUCUCUCGACUCGAAAGACGCGAAUCGCUAUCGAAGGUACCUUGAGCUAACGAUCGCACGAUGUGAUAUUUUAGUAAUGUGCUCUCUCAGGCGUUUAGUGUAUAUGUACAUAUAGCGAAGACCACUCUCACUAGUCACUUCUCAAUUAGUUGGAGUCCGACGGGACUAGCCGCAAUCAUGUGAUAAGAGUCGAUUCCAUCUAGCGUGUGCACACGCGCUGUGCACACGCGCGAGUCACGGAGACGCCGGAGCCGAGGAGUACUCGCUACGUUAACGCGGCGUUAACGUUAAUGCGAAAACCAAAGCCGAGGGGUAGUUUCGGUCCCCUCCGCCACGGAUUCUCUCCCUUCGCGCGCGCUUCGCACGCUCGACGCGAGUCACUUCGAGACGCGUUUCUCUUCUUUACCGUGAUGUCAUCUCCUUCGGCGCGGUUCUCUCAUCGCGCGAAGAAGACCCAACCGCGGCCAUAUUGGAUUAUGGCGUCGGAAGUGAGAAAUCGGGUGAAUUUUAAGCGGGAUACACGGAGUGCCCGAUUAUUCGCAGCCACAACUCGCGCAAAUUUCUUUUUCCUCAGGAUGUGACUUUGUUUUUUCUUAACGAAAGUGUCGAGAGGUUUCGAUAGUCUCCGACUUCUUGUGAACGCUCGAAAAGCGAGGCUUUGAGGGCGAACGUAAAUGGGCAAACGUAAUUACUUUCUUCAAUCAAUCUCAAAGAGGGUUUGUUCUCAGCAGAAUUGUUUAGCUUCAGAGGUGCGUUAUGGGAAAUUUUUAAGUUUAACUGCAGAAAUAACGAUCUUUCCUGAUAGUUUUGUUAAUGAAAUUCACUGUUAAAAGGGAAAGAAGCUCUUCUACAAAUGGAUUAGUAAAAAUGCUUCUGAUCAAGCCAGUGAAAUUGGCAUUUUACCGACAAUCUGAGUGAAUAUUCGUUGAUUCCCAAGUUUCCAUUGUGUGAAAUCUUUAAUAUACACAAAUCCCUUAUAAAUCGUAUCAAAGCCAACUUUCUGCGUGCGCAGCGAUGGAAUUAACGGCUUCUGUUCUCCUAGCGUGCGCUGGUCUGUGUUUGCAAUUUUCAUCAACAUCGGGGCAACAUUCGUUGCCAUUAACUGAUUCUUUCAGCGAGAUUUCCUCAAUUGCAGUGCCGCACUUGUAACUGUACCACCAGUUACAAGUGUAGCAUUUCGGUGAAAAGUACACUUUAUUAUACUUUAGAGAGUAAUGCUGUGUAAAUAAUGGCUGCGAAUUAUCAGAUACCCUGUACACGUCCAUGUAAAUUGGUUUUUUCUUUUUGUAAUCCACUCGCGCUCGAGAAUAUUGAUCAGCAAAAAGUUACAAACAAAAAGUUUCUUUUAAUCCACGUAUUACAAUUCAAUCUAUGCAUAUAUAAGUUGUUCCACGCUUUCAACGGAACGGACAAACUUAUGACAUGAUUUGAUCGAGAUUUACGGCUACGGUUUGUUGAAUAACGGCGAUAUGUGGCGAAGCAUCAAUUUGUUUCAACUUGUGAAAAAAUAACUUCAAAGGAGGAUUUAGCGCUCGCAGACGUUUAAUACGACUGCAUGGAGGAAGCAGAAAUCUCAAUUCAUGCUUCGAUGUUACCAAAGAUCAAAGCCAAAAAUCGCGGUUCCUGAAUUAAUUACUCGGCACAUGAUUUCCGAAUAUUUCUAAAUGCAAUUAGUGUCGUCAUAUAACAAUAUGAUGAAUAAUACGUGUAAAAGUAUUCCAAAAGCAAGAAUAACAAUUUAAGAAAUCAAAUUUCUCAACAUCAACAAUGUGCUCACGACGGAGACGUAGUCAAGUCGCUUUAUUAUGAUUAAUUAAUCAAUUCGAAAACUUAGAUUACAUCAAUACGAUUAGGAAACAACGCGUGACGCGAGUAACUUUCGACUAAUUCCAACCCGAAAUGCACCAAAGUAAAUCGCCCCGCCGCGGCCUUUAUUUAACGCUACCGGCAAAAGUGCCGUUGACGCGUGUGACACGAAGCACCGCGGUUGAUGUUUCGAAUGAUUGGCAAGACUGCGACAGAACACGUCGAAAAUCGGACAAAUCCGCACGAUCGAACACACACACACACGCGCGCGCGCGCGCAUGCAUACAUAUAUACAAACA